AUGCCUCUCCCUACGAUCCUCGAACACGAACCCACCUCGUUGAACGAGAUGAUGGUUCAGGGAAACCUAAGAGCUUCAUCUCUCCCAAAGCGUGCACGCAAAAGUGAGGCAAAGCUUGCAAAGGCUUCAGCCCUGAUGGCGGCUCUCCCAUCGCCUAUCCACCCCUGCAGCCGACCCAUGACCCCCGACUCACUGUUCGGGGAGAUAACGGAUCCCAAAUAUGCUGCCUGCCCGGUUCCAGACGAGCCCAUAUCCCCCAUCUUCAUCCAUUGCAUGAACUGCUGGAGAAAGGAUCAUCCAACUGAGAGUAACAAGUGUGAAUUUCAAAAGCUGCGGAACUACUGGAAGUCAGAGCACGAGGAAGAGCUGGCCAAGCAUAAUAGUCACUCGAAGGCUCAACUCGCGUUUCUUGCCGCCGGGUAUCACCAGUUACAAGCCAACUAUGCUACCAUUCUGGCUCAUCUCGAGUACCUAGAGUUCGAAAAUUCGCAGCUCCGAGCUGCGAACAUUCAGCUCCACGCUGAUAUGUUUUAUUCUCGUCCCCGGAGGGCGUUGGAUUCGCAGAUCCGCACCCCGUAG